AUGAUUGUUAAAGUCCUGGCUAUUAGAUUACAAGUAGUGAUGCCUAGUAUCACAUGUGAAGUCCAAGCAGGUCUUAUACUAGGGCGUAAAAUUGCUGACAAUAUCAUACUUGCUCAUGAACUAAUCAAACCAUAUUCUAGAAAACACAUUUCUCAUAGAGCCAUGAUCAAAAUUGACCUCCUAAAAGCCUACGACUUUGUAGAAUGGCCAUUCUUAGAGCAAGUUAUGACUGAAUUAGGAUUUCUUGGAAAAUUUCACAGAUGGAUAAUGCCAAAGGAUUCACGAAAGGGGACCCAAUUUCCCCUUUUUCUUUUUGCCAUUUCUAUGGAAUACCUAAGCAUUUACCUUAAUGAGUUAAAACAUGUUAAAGAGUUCAAAUAUCACCCUAGAUGUGCCAAACUUGGCAUUACUCAUUUGAGUUUUACUAAUGAUCUUCUACUUUUCAGUAGAGGUGAUCCUGUUUCAGUUCGUGCCUUACAUAAGUGUUUCCUCAUCUUAUCUGAAGCCUCAGGUUUACAACCCAACCUUGUGCGGAACCUAUGGGAUGGAAUGUUGGGUUGGCUGCAGAGACCAAAGUUGAAUGUUGUUGCAUGGGAACAAUAUGUGAGCUGGGCUGUUGCAAAUGCUAAAGGGAAGACUCUCCAGGCAAAGACUUUCAAGAUCAUAUUUUUCUGA